AUGCGUCACGCAAACGCCCACCACCGGCGGCUGACGCGCGCCUCUCCGCCUUGCCACACUUCGUCGCUUUUCCGCUCGUUCGGGGGUGACCAACCUGCAGCGACAACCUCCGGUUGUGUCGACGCCUGUGUAUGUACACCGCAACGGCCCGAGGGGAAGAGAUCCUCGGUCGCGGGCGUGCAGCGCUGCACGAGUUGCGCUCUUCGUUGGAGGAGUCCGAGGCAGGCCGUCGCUUCGAUCGUCGUUGUUUUGGCCGCGCUUUCCGCGACCUUCCCGUCCUACACUGGCGACCUCGCCGAGACCCAGCCGGCUGCGCUCGGGGCGACUGCCUUCAAAGUUCAUUCUCCGGAGACAGAAAGUGCACUCAUCCAGGCGCACUCGCAGUUGACACAGGCCGAGCCGACCUUGCCUGCGGGGUCCGAGUGGAUAUGUCGGGAAGCGUACAACGGCGAAGGAUGUGGUACGGGGACAAACACUCAACUGGGAGCUAAGGAAGCAUACUGUCAGGAGGAGGACUGCUGUCUGAUAUCCACGGGGAAGUGCACGCGCACUCCGGGUUUGUGCGCCACCGACAGCUUCCUGCAGCUUCAGUACAGCUGGGGCAAAUGCAACUCGACGCAGUGUGCACGGUGCGGCCCAAACGCAACGUGUGGCUACAUAGCCAGCACGACGACUGUCCGAGGCGGGGUGUACUGUACCUGCAAGUCGCCGUUCGUCGGGACGGGAGCGUCGUGCGUCGUCGAGGCGUGCAAAGGACGGAAUCCGUGUGGACAGGGGGUCUGCAUCCCCACCACGGACGCACAGAAGAAUUUCGAGUGUGAGUGCAAUCCAGGAUACACCGAAGUGCCUGCGGGAACUGCGUACUCGACCUGCAUGGACAUCUGCAAGCAGAAGGGAUGCGGCGACUCCGCGGGCGUCGAAGCGUGCAUCGGAGGCGUCGACGCACACAUGUGCGUCUGCAAAGAGGGCUACCGCUUGACCGAAGACGCCUCGCGACAGCAGUGCGUGAAGAAUGACCCGUGCACGAUCAACCCCUGCGGCUCCUCGGCAGCGGUGGCGAAGUGCGAAACCGAAGAAAACGGCCUCGAGUACAAAUGUACCUGCGCGGCAGGCCACGUCGUGCGGUACGUGAACGGCACUCAAGUGUGUCUCGAGGAAGGGAAACCGUGCUCCUCGCCCACAUGCUCCGUGGACCCGCCCGCCGUCUCGACGACCUCCACGACGACUUCGACUUCUUCUACUUCCAAAACCGGCGACAAAUCUGAAAGUGAAGGGACAAGUGGGGGCGCGAUUGCCGGUGGUGUCAUUGGCGGAGUCGCUUUCCUCGGGCUGUGCGGCGCGGGAGCGUACUUUUUCAAGAGAAAGUCGGAGUCCGGGGCGUAG